AUGGGCUGGCCGUACGGCGUCCCCAGCCUCACCCACGAGGAGAAGCUGCUCCGCCGGCAGACCAUCGACCUGUACGCCUGCAUCGCGCACUACUCGGCCCUCGCCCCGGCGCUCCUCUUCCUGCUCUACCGCCUCGCGCGCCGCGUCCCCAGCGUGGGACGGUCCGCCAGCACAGCCGCGUACGAGCAGGUUCCCAGCUCGCCCGUCGCAAAGGCCCGGCGCCUCGCCUCGUCCAGCUCGCUCGCGCAGCAGUGGCAGAAGCUCGUCUGGUGGCUGCGCGACGACGUCUUCUUCCGCGGCGCGCACUGGGGCCAGCGCGACCAGUGGCUCCUCGGACUGGCGUGGACGACCUGGCUGCUGGUUCUGUGCGUCCUCGACACGGGCACAGACUACUUCCACCUCACCAAGCGGUUCGGCGCCAUUGCCGUCUCGCAGUUCCCUAUCCAGUACCUCCUGGCCCUCAAGCCGCUCAACCCCUUCGCGUGGGCGCUGGGCUCCUCGCACGAGGAAGUCAACCGCUACCACCGCGUGCUGGGGCGCAUCGUCUUUGCGCUGCUCGCGCUGCACAUCGUCUUCUACAACGGCUACUUCUUCUACGCGGGCAUCUGGCUGCGGCGCUUCUUCGCGCCCAUCGUCUUCUGCGGCGUCAUCGCCGCGGCGGGCAUCCUCGCCAUCGCGACCACCUCGACUGUCGCGGCGAGGCGGUACUCGUACCGGCUCUUCUUCAUUACGCAUCUCGUGGCCUCGCUGUUUAUCCCCGUGUUGAUCUUCUUUCAUGCGCCGGGCCUGAGGCUGUACAUUGUUGAGACGUUUGUCAUUUUCCUCGUCGACUUGGGUGUGCGCAGGGUCACAACCAUCAAGGCGCCGUCGACGCUGCAAGCCAUGUCGGGCACCGGCCUCGUCAAAGUCACGUCCACGAUCCCGCGUCAGAAACUCGCCUCGUUUCAGGCGUUCCCGGGCCUGCACAUCUACCUCAGCGUCCCGCCAGAGAGCCGCACGGCCGCCACCCCGGUGUCCCAGUCCGGCGUGUUCGACUACCUCUACAACCCCUUCACCGUCGCGUCCGUGGACGAGAGCGACGGCAGCAUCACCUUCAUCGCACGCACCAGAGAAGGGCCCAUGACCGGCGUGCUAAACGCCUUCGCCGCCGCCACGCCCGGUCCCGCGACCGAGGCGCGCACGAUACCCCUCGGCAUCGAGGGCCCGUACGGAUCCAUGGCCAAGCACUUCCACGACCUGCUCAACUGGGGCGCCGCGCGGGUCCUCGUCGUCGCGGGUGGUGUCGGCGCGACCUUUGCCGUGCCCGUCUUCCAGGCGCUGCAGAGCGAGCUGCCCUCGUCCAAGGUGCAGCUGGUCUGGGCGCUCCGCCGUGCCGGUGACGCCGCUUGGGCCGUCUCGGCCGGCUCCCCCGACAAGACUAUUCUCGAAGACGACAGCGUGCAGCUGUACCUGACGGGCGACGUGGGCUCCGACGCUGACGGCAGUCACGCUGGGGCUGUAGAGAUGGAACCCCUGCGGCGCGUUGGCGGGAGGCUGGGGGCGCAGAACCGCCGCAAGAGGCCGGACCUUGGCAAGAUUGUCGACGAGGCCUUCUCCCACGGGCUGGAGGAGCCGGUUGCUGUGCUUGUCUGCGGCCCCACCGAGAUGACUUUGGAAGUGAGGCGCCGCGUGAGGCCGUGGGUCAUGAAAGGGAGGAGGCUGUGGUGGCACGGCGAGAGUUUCGGGUGGUGA